CACAGCCUUCAGACUUGUUUCGCGUAUCGCGCUUUGAUCAAGGCCCUCGUGCAUUUUACAGCAUUCGUAGACUUUCGAAAUGUUGAGCUGGUUCAUUUUUUGCUUUCUAGCAGGCUUGCAAGCUUCUUUUGGGAACUAUGUUCCCAUUUGCCAGCAGGCAAGUGAACGGAACGUAUCUAGCCCAGAACUGCCUACCUUUCCAACGGCCUUCUCGACCUCUGUAGAGGUAACCAUCGUCAACAAGAACUACACUGCCAUUUACAAGGAAUUCUAUGACCUAGCCGCGAACAAGGGUAGCUUGCAGCGAACAAAAGAUGGAAAGACAACCCGCUCUAUCUACGACUACAGUUUAGACGAGAGAAUCGAUUUGGAUAUGAGUGCGCAAAACUGUUUCGUCUCUUCUAUAUACGUAGGACCACGUCAUUUUAAUUUCUUCGGAAACAACAACUCGCACAUCGAAAGCGUCUCACAAUUGUUUCAUUUUGCAAAAAGGUUUAACGAAACCUAUAUGGGUGUUGUGUCCAUUCGAGGAAUCAGAUGCAAUCAUUGGAGGGCUUGUGUUGUGCAUGGUAAUAGUUCAUAUUACUUGGACUAUUAUUUUUCAGUGCCAGGUUGGAAAACAAGUUGGCCCAAUGCAACAGUGGUGCGGGCUGUCAUUAAUGGUACAUCUGUCAGGGGUGGUGCCCCACAUGAUUUUUAUCAUGUUUAUGACUUUUUCAAUUUCCGACCUGGUUCCCCAAACCCAUCUGAAUUUCAGCUUCCCAGUGGAUAUUUCUGUGCAGGACUUAAAGGUUUAAACAAGACUGUCCCUAAAGUUCCUUCAGCGUUUAGUGUGAACUUAGAAAUGGUUUUGAGAGGCACCCGGAGAAACAGAACUUUUUUUGUUGAUUCAAAUUUGCAGGAAAUUUAUGACCUUGAGAAAAAACUGUUCUUGGUGAAGUACCCAAACUGGUUUAGUAGCCAUGGUCAAGUUGUAACAAUCCAUGAUUUCAACACAGGAAUUUCUUACAAUAUAUCAACUGGCAAGACUGGGCCAGUGUGCAACAUAUCUGCUCUGUCUUCUUUGACACGAAGUUGGGAUGUGUAUCGUGACGGACACCACCACAUUCGCAUGAAGACAACUCAUCAGUUAUUUAACACACCUCAAAGAAAUGGGUCAUCUCCCCUUAUUUACAAGGGUUCUUCUACUGUGCGUGGAAUUGAUGUAGACAUCUGGGUUGGAAAGGGCAUGAUCAAAAACAGGACUUCAAAUGAGUCGACUGAGGCUAUCUUUGAGUAUUCCUUCUCAAAACCAAAGUGGAUAUUCAUGGCAGGUUCACAGACCAACCAAACCCAGGUCCCUGUGCGCCUCGACAUGUACACAUCAGAUGGACAUCACUUGAUGUUUAACAUGUUCAAUUUUGAUGCUAAGGCUGCAGAGACAACAGCCUUUGACAUUAAACCUUGCUUCAAAUGGGAUGAGCAACGUUAUGUUCAGUUUAACCUUGAAGGUAAUUAUGCAAAAUAUGCUACCUCAAGGGAGUUCAAGUUAUCUCUCAGCAAGACUAUCAGUGAAGCAGCAAAUGUGACAAUUAUCAGAGUAAAUGGAAUGAGGUUAAUGGACAACGAGGGUCAAAUGACUGUUGCUUUCAUUUUGCUGAACAAAACAAAGCCUGUUGUUGAUGCAGAGGUUACAAUAUAUCCUGAAAAUGGUCUCAAGGAUGCAGUGGGUGCCUUAAAGAAAACAGUUCAGAGUGGAGCAUUCAAAGUUAACUUCCAAACCAAAGCCAUACCUGCUGAGAAGUCUUCAUUCAGAGAAGGCCUGGUGCCAGCAACGCCUCCUCCUGCUCCACCCAGACCAACAGAGAAACCCACAGGCAAACCAGUUCCAGGGGAUAAAAGUGAAGUCAAAACAAAGGGUGUGUCAAGUGGUGCAGCAGCUGGAAUUUCUAUCCUCAUGCUCGUAGUUGGAAUAUUUGGAGGCUUGGUUGUUGCACAUGUGAUCAUGAAGCGUCGUGGAACAAGCUUGUUCCAGUAUCAGCGUCAGGCAUAGCUGUAGUUGUGCUCAGUUAGUUGUUUACAGUAUAACCCCUUUUGUAUUACUCCAUUGUGCUAAAAUUUUUUUGUUCCAUUUGUGUUAAUAAUGAGCAUAAUUUUACAUUGGUCCAAUGUUGUUUACAGUAUAACCCCUUUUGUGUUACUCCAUUGUGCUAAAAUAUUUUGUUCCAUUUGUGUUAAUAAUGAGCAUAAUUUACAUUGGUCCAAUGAAUGUAGAGUAAGGAUCUAAAGCUGUUAUGGGUUUUCUGCCACUCAAGUCUGGUUUCAUCAUUUUAGAAUAUCAGGUACAGUACAGUGCGAAAGGGAGUGAUAUGAGUUACAGCAAAAGUGAGGAAGCCACAGUUGAUCUUUGUUUUAAAAAAUGGAUUGUUUAAGAAGCUUCUCUGAAUUGUAAGAUUCUGGCAGAAUCAAUAGUGUUAGCCAUGUUUUAUUAAUUUUUUAAGUUACAAUAACUGAGGAAGUAAAAAACUUUUUUAAAGAUCCACCUAAUCAGUUGUUGGGGAAUCUAUGUGGAAUCUAUGGAUCUAUGUGCAACCCAAACAUAUAGCCAAUCCCUUAAUCCUUUAACUCACAAAGUUGAACAGAAUAUCAAUUCUGCCUCUGUAUGUGUCAUAAAUUUCUUAAAGUUUUAGCAUAGGGUAUUUUGGUCAUCAAUCUAACAAUAUCCUAUAGCUGAUAUUUUCAGGCUUCGAUCUCUAUCACCUUUCUGCUGUAAUAAGAAAAAUGCAUUUUUUGUUGCUCUUGGGAGUGAAAGGGAUAAAAUAAGCUGAUGGGAGAAAUAAUGUGCUCUCUAUUGUUUUCCUUUGUGACCAGAUACAUGUACAACAUAUUCACUAGACGUUGUAUGAUACUAGUACAGAAUGCAUAUGUACGAAAUGCAUUUGUUACAAAGAAGGCAUUCUGUCUAAGCAUUCAUGUAAUUAUUUACAUUUUGUUUAGCACCUGUGCACUUGAAGUUUCUUAAAUAUGUAUUGAUAAAUGCAUAGUCACAUUGAAGUGGGAAUGGGAACUCUUCUCACUGACUCUAAAGUGUAAAAUCUAUUCUUUCAUACAAUAUGCAGACUUAUUUAACUGUGGAAUAGCUAUAAGCUAACAUAAUUUAAGCUAGGUAUAAGUGGUAAGUGUCUAUGUCCAUCCAUUUUUUAACACCUUGUAGUAGUUAGAGGAGUAAGAUUUAAAACUGUGUGGGUAAGGUAUUUUUAUUUAUUGCUGAGCUGUUGAUGUUCAUUAUUAUUAAAACAUCAACUUCAAGGAAACAAUGUUUUCCUUUAAGUAAAUAAUGUGUAAGGUGGUGGCUCAAUGUGAGUCAGUCAGCAACUUUAUGUGAUUAAAUUGUGGAUGAAAA